AUGCCGAAAAUUCGACGAAAACGCCGAACUACAACAAGCAAUCAACUCAAUCGACCAAAAAAGGUCUUAGCAAUGUCAGCAACACCUGACAGUCAACAAGGAAAAGCAAUUUAUUUUGACUUUGUUGCUCAACCCAAUCUAUGUAUUAAAUCAAAAUCGACAGGCAAAUUCAUUCAGCUGUCAAAGCCACCGAAAUCAUUGAAAGUAUCUGAUGAUUGGGAUGUUAAACCAGGUGAUGUAUUUUCAUGGAGUGAAGGUCGACCAACAGAAAUUUUCUUUGUUACAUCAGAAGGAACACUUUUGAAGAAUCCCGAUACAUCUGGUUCCGGUUAUUUAACAAUACCACUAUCAAUAACUUGUCAAUUUUCGGAUGCAAUCGAUUAUUUCUCUUCUGUUCUGGAUUCAAUUGGUCGUAAUUAUGUAUCAUCUAUUGAACUUGCACCAACUGAUUUGUUUUUUCUGAAAAAUUUCUCGAAACAGCAAUUACCAAUAUCAAUCAAGAAUCGAACUGAUGUAACAUAUUCAUUUGACCCGAAUGAUGAAAUCCUUUAUGUUACAAUUACAUCAAAUCCUAAUCGAAGUCAACAUUUCCCAUUAGGCACAACUAAAACAGAUGAUAUUCUUCAAUGGUUAUCAACAAGUGAUGAAACAAAAGCUGAAUUCAUUGUUAAAUAUGAUUUCGACGGCAAGAAUACAUGUACUAAGGUUCCUCGUGGUAUUAUUAUCGGUUUACCAACUGGAUGGCAAUGUGAACAACACGGUUCAGUGAUGUUUAGUGACAGUAAAAUACAAGGAGAAUGGAAAUGUACAGGACCAGAGAAAACGAAAAACAAUGCUCGCGAAGCAAUCAAUAAACAUUAUAAAGGGCUUAAUAUUGAAAUUAAAUAA